CAGGGCACACUCAGGACUCUGACUCUGCUCUGGCCUUGAAUGAUCCUUCUUCAGCAGGUUUUUCUUCUUGCUUCUGGGAAAGAAAGCCCAUUGGUCUAAAACCCCACUUCCCAUCCAGUUUCUUUGCUAAAUGUCCCUGCAGGAGAGAGCGAGUGUUGACACUUACAGGGGAAGGGAAAAGUCGUAAGCUGAGCCUGGUCACAUUGCCCCUUGUGAUAUAGUUUUAUUUUUAACUUGGAAACACUUGAACUAUUUCUGUUGAAGUUUUCUCCCCUUUCCCUUCCUUCCACACACAGCUCUGGGCUCUGCUGCAUCCGAUGCCCCUCAGCCCCUUCCUGUGAGCUGCUCACUCAUCCUCAAGGGACCAGGUUGCGGCAGAUGCUGACUCAGCCUGUGCCUUAAGGAUUAAGAAAUAAGAAAAAUUGCGAAGCUAUGGGCAGGGUACACAGGCCCCCACCUGGGCAGCACAAACAUUGUGAGGGAUGCAUCAACCGCCACUGCCAUGUUCCUGUGGAGCCUGGCAUCUCCUGCCUGGUGGUGAGCUGCCACCUGUUAUGUGGUGCGACCUUCCACAUGUGCAAAGAGGCAGAGCACAAGCUCCUGUGUCCUUUAGAGCAGGUUCCGUGCCUCAACUCCGAGUAUGGCUGCCCCCUCUCCAUGUCCCGUCACAAGCUGGCUAGGCACUUACAGGUAUGCCCAGCCAGUGUGGUCUGCUGCUCCAUGGAAUGGAACCGGUGGCCAAAUGUGGACUCAGAAACAAUCCUUCAUGAGAACAUCAUGAAAGAGACUCCAGGUGAGGAAUGUUUGGACACAGCCCUUGCCCUGCAGGACCAGAAGGUCCUCUUCAAAUCCUUGAAAAUGGUAGAACUAUUCCCCGAAACCAGAGAUGCCAAUGAGGAGGAACCCACUGUCAAUGGUGAUGCCAGUUGGGAGGAACUGGUGGGAGCAGUGGGGGGAGAAGGUGCCGCUUUGGUAUCACAUUCAGCCACUAACGGGGAAAUGAUGGAGUUGAGCCAAGAAGAACGAGAGGCAUUAGCCAAAACCAAAGAAGGGAUGGACCUGGCCAAGUUCGAUCAGUGGGAAAACAUGUUCAGCAAAGAGCAUGCAGCCUCUGCUUUAGCAAGUACAUCAGCAAGGAGUGAAAACAACAGUGACAAAGGCACUAGGAGAGAACAGAGUUCUGAUGGCAGUAACGUGGCAGACACAGAGAGUGCUGCCAAAGGGAAAGAACCACAGGAAGACCAGAAGCAACAGAACUUGUCUGCAGUCAUAGAAAAGACUGGGCUUGCCCCCUGGCAGGAUGGUGUGCUGGAAAGACUGAAAACUGCUGUGGAUGCAAAGGACUAUAAUAUGUACCUGGUGCACAAUGGGCGGAUGCUCAUUCACUUUGGUCAGAUGCCUGCUUGUACACCCAAGGAGAGAGACUUUGUUUAUGGCAACCUUGAGGCUCAAGAAGUUAAGACUGUUUACACCUUCAAAGUUCCUGUCAGCUACUGUGGCAAGCGAGCUCGGCUUGGAGAUGCCAUGUUGAGUUGCAGGCCAAGCGAACACAAGGCUGUGGAUACUUCGGAUUUGGGCAUCACUGUACAGGACCUGCCUAAAGCAGAUCUCAUCAAGACCACCCUGCAGUGUGCUUUGGAGAGAGAGCUCAAAGGCCACGUCAUCUCUGAAUCCAGGAGCAUUGACGGACUGUUCAUGGAUUUUGCCACGCAGACAUACAGCUUCGAGCCAGAACAGUUUUCCUCUGGGACAGUGCUGGCUGACCUCCUUAGCACAGCUGACCUGGGGGGACUCCAUGUGGAGCUCCACAGUGAAUGUGUGACCAGGAGACACAACAAGAGCAGCUCAGCCUUUACUUUCACCUGCAACAAAUUCUUCAGAAGAGAUGAAUUUCCCCUGCACUUCAAGAACGUCCACACAGACAUUCAGUCAGGCCUCAAUGGCUGGUUCCAGCAUCGUUGCCCUCUGGCCUACUUGGGAUGUACAUUUGUUCAAAACCAUUUCCGUCCUCCAGGGCAAAAGUCAAAAGUGAUUUAUAGUCAAGAGCUUAAAACUUUUGCCAUCAAGCCAGAGGUUGCUCCAGAGCUGAGCGAGGGAAGGAAGAACCAGUUCUCAGGCCAUGGAGGAAAAAGCCAGAAUUGCCUGAGCAACCUGCCCCUGGAGGUUCUGCAGUACAUCGCUGGGUUCUUGGACAGCAUCAGCCUGUGCCAGCUCUCCCAAGUAUCCACGUUGAUGAGGAACAUCUGUGCCACUUUGUUACAAGACAGAGGAAUGGUCCUCUUGCAAUGGAAGAAGAAGAGAUAUUCCCAUGGAGGAUAUUCCUGGAAAGUCCACAAAGAGAUCUGGCAGUUCAGCAGCCUGUUCUCCAAAAUCAAGAGCUGGGAGUUUAAUGAAGUCACUUCCAUGUCUGAACACCUGAAGGCCUGUCCUUUCAACAUUGUAGAGCACAAGAAGGACCCGUUUCGUUUGGCCAGCAUGUGCCAAACCAACGAGCAGCCUCGGGAGAGCUUGGUCUCCACCUUUAGAGCCAGACCUCGAGGAAGACACACCUAAAGAUGCAGAGGCUGCCACUCCUGGACUUCUCCUUGGAGCUGCUGAAAGCAGGAUGGUGUGGGGUUUGGGGACGUACCUCUGUAACUGUGUGUCUGGGUUCCUGGGUGUGUUCAAACAUGCAGUGUCCUUCCAACCUUAGCAGUUGCACUUGGUGUAAGAACUUCCUAAGCUGUGGCUUGUACUACAGUGUCCCACUGAUGUCUUUUUCUUUUCUUAAGUGGCUUCAUCUGAGGAGAAAAUAGUAACUUGUGGCCAUUUGGAACAUGAACCCAAAUCUUGAGGAAAUGAGACAAUAGUGAGAUUUCAUAAGCAGCACAAGCCUGUGGUUUUACAGAGAGCUUUUUCCAUUUAUAAAGCACUUGCAAAUUCAUGGGCACACAAUGAAGGACAGCAGCUGAGCUGCAGAGAGUUAUCUUCCAGCCAGAAGGUGGGUCAGUCUUCCAGUUAAUUCCAGGGCUUCUUUCAGUUCCCUUACCUUUGAAGCCUAGAUGGUCUCAGCUCAUGCUAAUCAAAUAUAGCUGCCUGGAGGACAUCACAGACCAAAGGAUGGAGGCAAUAAUGAGGUCACUGAAUCUAUUCUAUAAAAUCUUGACAAUACACAGAAGACUUGAAAAAUUACAAAGGGUCCAGAGGACACACUGUAGUUAUGGAAAAAUUGGGAUCAAAAUCACAUAUCUAUUUCUCAACAUAUUAAUAAUAACUUAGGUGUCAAGGAUGUUCUUUCUUUAGAAGAACAUUCUAGGCCUGGGAUAGGAAUAGCAUAGGCAUAGCCUCAUGUCACCCUAUGUCAUCAGAAAUGACGUCAGUUCACAGCACCAACCUCAGUGCUACACCAAAUUGCACAGGGUGACCCAAGGAUAUCACACUUUUGUCAAAGUCCACCAAAGUUCUGUGGCAUCAGUCACCACAUCCUAGACACCCUGAGAUACUACUAUGUUUGGGGUUUGGAAAAGGAAGACAUGAAUAUAGUGGUUUCCUGAAAUUGCUCCUACCAGUUACUGGUCAUGCCUUCAGCCUGUCAAAAGUAAAUGGUCCUGCUAUUUUUGGAAACAAACUGAAUAUUCAUGAGAAGAGAAAUUUUAAAAAGUACAAUAGAAACCAACAUCUACAGCAGUGUUUCUCAGCCUUGGAACUAGUGAUAUUGUAAACUGGAUAACUGUUGUAAUGGACUGUCCCAUGGAUUAUAAUAUAUCUAGUAGCUUGCUUGGCCUUUGUCUAUUAGAUAUGAGCAUCACUCCUGCAAUGAGCAACCAAAAUGUCUCCAGACACUGCACAAUGUCCUUUGGGAGUAAAGUGUCUCCUGGUUGACAAUCACUGCCCUAAGGAUGUUGUAUUAGUGACAAGAAGUUAGGGCACACUUUUUUUUUUUUAACACAGUACAAUCUAGUAUCACAAAGCUAAUGAAAUUGGCUAUGUAGUUCUUAUUCAUGUAGGUUUGGUAAUAUUAAGUUGGGAACCAGAUGGGGCUGAUUUGCUUGAUAUGACUUCAUGUCCUUAAGCCACAUCAAGAAUAUAUUCUCUCUGCUCCUUCCCAGGUCUGACUGAAGCCAGGAAGUUUGAAUUAUUUGUCUUGUGUUUGUAUCCCUCUCAUAGUAAUUGGUGCCAUUUUUCCAGCAGUCCUAAAGCAAGUGAGAAAGAGGGCAAAAAAAGGACAGGCAUUAUAAGGAAGCAGAGAAAAGGAAUUUAGCCAAUGAAAGAUUCUCAUUCAAGCAUUUCUGGGUGCUAUUGUUGCCUGGUACUUACACUGUGACCAGAACUGUCAUGGAAGAAGUAGACUGUGCCUUUGAGGAGAGUCCCAAGGCGCAGAAUCCAGCAAGUCCCAGACCAGAAGUAUCCUCAUGUUUUUCAUUAGCUUGUGCCACUUGGUACAUUGGUAAUGUUAUUCUGUCUUCCUUAAUAUUUAUUGAUUUACAUUUUGCAUAUGUAUACAAGUCAUUUUUAAAAACUAUCACUAGAAUGUGAUCUGAGGUUUUCUGUUCAGUGAAGAUGAGUAACUGGAAGCUACUAGACAUUGAAGUGGGAUGGAAGGAAGAGAUUUCUUCACCCAUUAGUUCCUUGGGUCUUUAAUCUGGCCUUUCCUAUACAGAGGAAUAAGAAUCUAAGGGAUCUGUACAUCAUACAUAUGUAAAAGAGAGGAAGGGGAAAGGGAGCUCCAGACUCUCAAAGGAAGAUGAGCAUCAAGGCUCAUUGGAUGAGUGAGAAGCCAGACACUGAAGACAGACAGGAGGCCAGGGGCUUUCCCACACAGCCUGGGUGGCUGGGACAGCCCAAGGCCAGGAGGGCAGUCAGGAUAGGAUGCCGCUCAUGCCUGCUCCAUGUCUGCGCACUUCCAGCUGUGCUUUCCUCUCCUAACUGCUGCCUUCAGAGCAGUACCACAUUGAUCAAGAGCACCAGACACAUUCUAUAUGAUUUCUAAUUGUCUGCAUUGCUGGAAAAUAGACUAUCGCAGCUCUCCUUAGUCCCUAGAAACAAGUGAAUUUUAUGAGGCAAGGGAAGAUGGAGCAAAAGAAGACCCUUUCAAAGAGGCUGGGUUAGAAAAUGGUUUGCUUCCUGAGGUGAUGUUUUAGUGAGCAGCAAAUGUCAUUUGACAGAGGCAAGACAACUAGCUGUGAUUUCAGAUUAAGAAGCCUUUAAGGAGUUGGGCAUUGUGGUGCACACUUGUAAUUCCAGCACUCUGGAGGCUGAGGCAGGAGGAUUGCAAAUUUCAGACCAGUCUGGGCAACUUAGUGAGAAUUUGUCUUAAAAUAGGAAUUUAUAGGACUGGGGAUGUAGCUCAGUGGCUUGUCUAGCAUGUGCAAGACUCUGAGUUUGAUCCUUAGUAUAGUGCAGGAGUAAAGGCUGGGUUGGGAGCUGAGUACAAGCAGAGCCUGUGAGGAGAAUCACCACCAAGCAAGGAAGCCAGAGCUGAGACCAGCCAGGUGUGGGGGCGAGUUCUGCAGAACAGAGCCAGAGAGGCCCUGGGUCCUUGGCAGCACAGGGAUCUGGUAAAGAUGUUCGUGUCUUAUGAAGAGAACAUGAAAAGCAAAGUGGGAGUUGGAAAUGUACCAAGAAAAUCACUGUAAAUCCCUCGUUUAUGUGUGUUGUCAAACCAACUGAAAUGAAAAAUGAGAUUGCACAUGUCUGUGACAACCUGUCUCCUUGUCCUGGAAGCCCCAAUGCUUCUCUAAGAAAUAAAGCUGCUUUGCACUCAGAAAGGCUAAGUGGGUAAAUCUUGUGAGUUUGGUCU